GAAUUCCGACUCGCGAGUGCGUGCGCAGUUUGUUCAAUCGUACGAAAAUUUACGAACUCUUUCGUAUUCGAAGAUGCAGCGUUCCGUCCAACGAGCAAACGGCGAUGGCGUCCUCGCCUCACCAAGAAAAAAACAACGAUUAUUAAGCGCCACGGCCAAGGUUACUGUCAUCCUUGGAGCUCAAUGGGGCGACGAAGGAAAAGGCAAGUGCGUUGAUAUGCUUGCAACGGAUGCUGACGUCGUCUGCAGGUGUCAGGGAGGAAGCAAUGCCGGGCAUACUGUUAUAGUAGAUGGUGUGGAGUUUCACUUUCAUCUUCUGCCCAGUGGAAUAAUCAAUUCUAGAUGCGCAUCGUUGAUAGGGAAUGGAGUCGUGAUACAUCUACCGAGCCUCUUCCAAGAAUUAGAAAGCAACGAAGCCAAAGGGAUGAAAAAUUGGCAGGAGCGAUUGAUCAUUUCUGAUCGGGCGCACAUUGUUUUUGAUUUUCACCAGCAAGUUGAUGGCCUCGAGGAAUUGGCGAAGGGAACUCAAUCCCUUGGCACUACUAAGAAAGGAAUUGGGCCUACCUACUCGAGCAAAGCCGCCAGAAAUGGACUCAGAAUCGGCGAUCUUCUUGGAGAUUUUGAUAAAUUCUCCCAAAAGUUCGACGCGUUAGUGAAGUCGUAUCAAAGAAUGUUUCCAGCGCUGGAAGUUGAUGUGAAAGCGGAGCUUCAACAGUAUAAAGAAUACGCGGAAAGAAUAAGACCAUUGGUAAAAGAAACAGUUCAGUAUUUACAUCAAUCGUUACGCGAGGGAAAGAAAGUGUUAGUCGAGGGCGCGAAUGCCGCCAUGUUGGAUAUAGAUUUUGGAACGUAUCCCUAUGUUACCAGCUCUAACUGCAGUAUAGGCGGAGUUUGUACCGGCCUUGGACUUCCGCCAUCUUAUAUUGGGGAAGUAGUUGGGGUUGUCAAAGCAUAUACUACAAGGGUCGGGGACGGACCAUUUCCUACCGAACUUCUAGACGCGACAGGUGAUUUUUUACAAAAAAGGGGACACGAAGUUGGAGUUACCACGAGUAGAAAAAGGCGUUGCGGUUGGCUAGAUUUAAAUCUUCUGAAGUUCACCGCGAUGGUGAACGGAUAUACAUCGAUAUGCGUGACAAAAUUAGAUAUCCUAGACACGCUUCCAAAAAUUCAAGUUGGCGUGGGAUAUCGGUUGAAUGGAAAAGAAAUUGAUUAUUUUCCAAGCAGCAGUUCCGAUUUAGCGAAAGUGGAGGUGAUUUAUGAAACUAUCGAUGGAUGGCAGUCGAAGACAGAAAAUGUACGUUCCUUAGAAAAACUGCCGGCUAAUGCUAAGAAAUAUAUACAACUAAUAGAAGAGCAUCUUAACGUACCAGUUAAAUGGAUCGGAGUGGGAGCAGAUCGUGAAAGCGUAAUCAUGCUUUGACGUUACACUUAUCAGUUACUGCAAUGGAAAUAUGUUAAUUUAUUUAUUCGGUUGGUUACUUUUUUUAAUAAAUUUGGUCCGUUGAUGAAUUGGAUAAAGCAAGCGCACAAGAAGCACAUGACAAAGAAAACCAUAGCAUUAAGCUCUUGGAUUUUAGUAGAAUUUAACAAUUGAAGAAUACGAGUCUUCGAAAUCCUUCCUAUUAUGGGAUAAUUCAUGCCAAUCAUGUUAUCUAUUGUUUGAAUAUAAAAUAAAAAAUGUUAAUUAAAUU